AAUUUAUUAUUUUUUUUCUUUUUCUUGUCUUCCUCUUGGUCGCCGUUUUCUCUUCCUCUUCCCCAACCGACGGCGCCGCUUCGCUCCUCUCCUCCCACGCAUACAAGUCCAUCGGCCAAGGGAAGUUUGCGUCGUCUCCUUCUUUUACUCCAUCUCCAGAUUCCGCCGACUGAUCUCUGCCCCGACACCACUGCCGCUCUCCCUUCUUCCCUCUGCGCCGCUGCCGACCACCCCGGAUCCACGACGGGUCGUCGCAGCCUGAAGCCGACCACCGUUCAGUGCCGAGCCUUCCUCUCCCGAAGCUCUCGGUUUCUCCUCGCCUUACACUGCCGACCCGUGCCCUAGUUCGUCAGUGCUGGAAGCCGAGGACCCUUGCAUGAGGUCGGCGAUUUUCCUCUCGUGCUCGCAAAGCUGCAGGGUUCUCUCUCCCAUCUCUAGAUCAGCAGAAGCAUCGACGUCGUCGGCCGUGUGAGAGAUUGCUGACGCCCUUCCCUUUGCCUAGCAGCCGAGGCCCUCUUCCCAAUCCAAGCCGCCAUCUUUGAUCUGUCGACGACAGUAGGUCGUGGUUUCUGUCGGCAGCCAGAUCGGAGACAUCGCCCGGCUGCCGAUCCUUAGAGUGGAAGGGACUGUCGGCACAGAAUUGGUUCCGACGAUCCAGCUUCGGCGGUGAACCCCUCAGGCCGUAUCCGACCAGCAGUCACUUGGCUGUGAGUUUGAGGACUUGAUUCGGGACGAGCACUUCGACAUAGCGAUUCUUUAGCUCGAUCUACAUUUGAGGCGGGCAUGUUACGUGAUUCUCACUGCAUCAUAAGCGACUCCAAUCUUGUCAGAAGUGGUCAAAAUGAAGCAGUUGGUGGUGAUUGCAGCAGUUUGAUGUUUUCUAAGUAUAAGAAAAGAAGAAUGUUAUACAACGGGGAUGUAGGCUCCUUGCUACCUACUUUGUACUCCUCAGACUAUUUUACCAAGCCCUCAAUUGACGAGUUGGCAGCACUAGAGAUGAUUGACUCAGGCUACUGCAGCCGAGUUCCUGAUUUCACUAUUGGAAGAGUGGGUUAUGGUCAAAUUAAAUUCAUAGGAAGCACUGAUGUCAGAUGGUUACAUUUGGACCAGAUUGUAAAAUUUGACAGGAAUUCAGUGGUGGUAUAUACUGAUGAGGCUGACAAACCCCCAGUAGGUCAAGGCCUUAACAAAGCUGCUGAAGUAACUUUGACCCUGAAACUGAGAUCAUUAGAUGCUCAUUCUUUGGAAGUAGAUAGAUUCGGUGGUAUACUAAGGAAACGAGCUGAUAGACAAGGAGCCUUCUUUGUCUCAUUUGAUUUGUCAAGUGGCAAUUGGACAUUCCUAGUGCAUCAUUUCAGUAGAUUUGGAUUGGAUGAUGAAGAAGAAGAGGAUAUUGUCAUGAUUGACAACGAUAUUGAUUCAACUGCAGAGGUAAAAGAAUUUCCUGCACAUUCUGCUGGGACUGUGUUAUCUCAUUCACUUCCGGCUCAUCUGGGUCUUGAUCCUGUAAGAAUGCAAGAAUUGAGGGCAUUGAUGUUUUCUGCUGAGGAGGAGUAUGAAGAUCUUAAUGGAUCAUUUCAAAAAAUUAAUAGUUACAACAAGGAACAGUUAAAGGAGGAUUCCCCAGUUAUCAAUGGCAAAAUAUUGGCUAAUAAAACAACAUUACAUGGUUCUUCCAGGAAGGGAAGGAUUCAAAUUAGUUCUUCACCCAUUCGAAGACCCUCUCAAGCCCUACUGGAGUACAAUCUAAAUAACACUGACUUGAGCCCAUCAAGGGACAUUUUUCUGAGUGGUCAAAGGAAGGGGUUGCCACUAACUAGGCUGACAAAGGUAGAGGGGUUUAGACUGGAGGAGAAGCACCAAACUCCCUUAUCUGGAGGAUACUCUAAGAAUAUAGUAGAUGCUGCUUUGUUCAUGGGUAGAUCAUUUCGAGUUGGAUGGGGACCGAAUGGCAUACUUGUUCAUAGUGGUACUCCAGUAGGCAGUCCAAGCUGUGGAUUAUCUUCUCAAGUAAAUAUACAAAAGGUUGCCAUGGACAAAACUGUGAGAGAUAAGAACAAUAAAAUCAAUGAGGAGCUUGUUGAUUUGCAUUUUUCUUCUUUGAUGAAUCUCCACAAGUCAGUAGAACAUGAAACUUCCCAAUUGGUGCAUGAUUCUUUCAAAUUAAAGCUUCUGCGAGUAGAAUGCAGUCGUUUGACUCUUCCUGAAAUUUGCCAGGCUUAUAUUGAGACUAUUGAGAAGGCACAUGAUAUUUCUGAGUUAUCUACAUCUAACCGUGUGUUCUUGAUGCACCAAGUAUCUAUUUGGGCAUUGAUAAGAAUUCUAUUUUCAGAGAGGGAAACAAAUGAACAGUCAAAUGAUGAUGAUAGGGAAGGAAUGAUGCUCGAUACGAAGGAUGACUCUCUUGACAUGGACGUUGAGGCAAAACCUUUCGCUCGGAGAGCAGAAUUUUCUUUUUGGCUGCAAGAGAGUGUUUGCCAUCGAGUUCAGGAUGAGAUAACCUACUUAAAUGAUUCUAGUGAUUUGGAGCAGAUACUUGUACUUUUAACUGGACGGCAGUUGGAUGCAGCAGUUGAGCUUGCUGCUGCAAGAGGAGAUGUCCGACUAGCUAUUUUACUAAGUCAGGCUGGUGGGUCAGUGGUCAGUCGUUCUGACAUGGCACAACAGUUGGAUAUCUGGAGAAUGAAUGGCAUGGAUUUUAAGUUUAUUGAGAAUGAUAGGUUAAAGUUGUAUGAGUUACUUGCAGGUAAUAUACAAGACGCAUUCCAGGUUUCAUCCAUUGACUGGAAAAGGUUUCUAGGGUUGAUAAUGUGGUAUCAACUUCCUCCUGAUACCCCAUUGUCUGUGGUAUUUCAUACUUAUCAGCAGCUUCUCUGUGAAAAAAGAGCUCCUCAUCCUGUCCCAGUUUACAUUGAUGAAGGACCUCUUGAAGAAGAAGUGGACUGGAACAUUGGUGAUAAUCAUGACCUUGCAUAUUAUGUUAUGCUUCUUCAUGCUAAUGAAGACAAUAACUUCAACCAACUGAAAACCAUGUUUAGUGCAUUCUCUUCCACAUAUGAUCCACUUGACUACCACAUGAUCUGGCACCAGCGUGCCAUAUUGGAAGCUAUUGGUACAUUUAGUUCAAAAGAUCUUAGUAUACUUGACAUGAGUUUUGUUGACCAGUUGCUAUGUCUUGGGUUGUGCCAUUGGGCAAUUUAUGUCGUUCUGCACAUGCCUUACUGCGAUAAUGCACCAUAUAUCCAGGCUAAGCUUAUUAAACAGAUUCUGUGUCAAAAUUGUGAAAUUUGGAGCUCUCAAGAGAUUCAAUAUCAGUUUAUUGAAGAACUUGGUGUACCAUCAGAAUGGAUGCAUGAGGCUCUGGCAAUAUACUUCGAGUAUCAGGGAGAUUUGUCAGAGGCCCUGGAACAUUUUCUUAGAUGCUCUAAUUGGAAAAAAGCUCACUCAAUCUUCAUUACAUCAGUGGCUCAUCGCUUAUUCCUAUCAUCUCAAGAUGAAGAGAUUUGGAGAAUCACAAGUUUCAUGGAAGAACACAAGUCUGAAAUUGCUGACUGGGACCUGGGUGCUGGAAUUUAUUUUGAUUUCUACAUUCUAAGGAGUUCAUUGAAAGAGGGGGACAUCAUGAGUGAAACGGACCCUCUUGGAAAGAAAAAUGAUGAAUGCAGAAGCUUUUUUACUCGUUUAAGUGAAUCUCUAUUGAUUUGGGGAAGCAGAUUGCCUGCUGAUGCAAGGUUAACCUACGCAAAGAUGUCAGAAGAACUAUGUAAUCUACUGAUGUCCAUUCCUGGUUUGAGCUCCACAGCGAUGGUUCGGAUGAGCUGCUUUGACACAAUGCUCAUUGCUCCCACUCCGGAAGAUAUGCGAUCCAGUCAUCUGCAGAGCGCGGUUUCAGACUUCACUUAUUUUCUAUCAGAGAUCUCAACAUGAAUUCUGUAUCAGUGUCAUCUUUUGCCUUUAAACGUUGUUGUUAGAAGAUCCAAUUGUAACCGUGAUGUGAGAUGUCUGCUCGUGUAAAUUCCCGAGUCUUUCUAAUAUGAAUGGUGAAUCGGUGAAACAUAUUUGAGAUCUAAUGGGUUGAAUCAGUUGGUUCUGCUGGAUUUCAAAAAUAUUGUUUUGAUAGACAAUGUUGAUAAAAAAAAAAUACAGCACUUUCAUUGUUACUAAAUAUUUGUCCUUUAUUGUUAAUUUUAUUAAAAAAUGAAAUGGCGAGAUAGACAUUCACACUCA